AAAUUAGCAAAUGAAUAAAACCUCACAUACUGACACUCAGUUCCCACGCUGAGGUUGUGGGUGUGUUGGUUUGUGUGUGUGUGUGUGUUUGCCCCCCCUCUUUAAAAUACAUUUGUUGUGAAGAUUCUGUGUGGGAGAAUGUAUACAUUAGCUGCCACUGUGCCACUGAGCAAUUCACGUUUAAACAUAUGUAUUACAUGAAAAAAAUCAGUACUGCUAAGAAAGGAUCAAUCCUGAUUUAUCCUCAGAGUGGAAAUGAAGUUGUUGCAGGAUCACAAGAACAGAAAUAAGUAAAGAUAAAUAGAGAAAGUAAAAAGAAAAGAAUAAGAAGAAGCUAAAAUAGAAUAGGAGUAAAAAUAGAAACAAGGGCAAUUAAAGACAAAGUUACAAGGUCAAAUUACAGUAAUGUGGUUAUAUUAGUAGUAUAAUAGUAUAUUUGUAAACAAGAAUCAUAAAUAUAAAAUAGAAAUUUACAGUAAAAAUAUGUAAAAUAUUAAUGUUUUAAAAAUGAUAAGAGCUGUACAGUGUUUAAAAGGAAGAGGAACUUAAGAAUAUCCAAAUAUUCACAGUAUGAUGAAUAUGUGAAAUGUGUGAAAAUAAUAAUUAUAAUACUUCAGAUAGAAGAGAAUUACACAAUUUUAAUGUGUGUGUAACGUUAUCAGGAAAAUUAACUUAAAGUAUUGAAGUAAAAGUACUGAAGAUGCAACCGAAACAGGUUCCAUCAUAUUAUGACUUUAAAUUAUUAUUGUCGUUGAUGCAGUAACAUAUAAGAUGCAUUCUGAUACAUAGAGGAGCUUAUUAUGAAGAAAUUGUUUAUUUCUCACUUUCUACACAGUUGGUGGUUUGAUUCACUGAAUAAUGAUGUGUUGUGUUUUAUAUGUUCAAUAUAGUUUUAUUUUAAAUCCUCGUCUGCAUAUUAAAGACAGGUACCUGAUAGAAGUAGCAGUAUAAAGUACAGGUACCUCAACAUUGUAUUUAAGUACUCUCUCUCUCUGUGGUCUCUCGACUAUUACUGUCUGUCGGCCGUGGUCCUGAGCUGCUGCUCUAUCGCCGUGGCGACAGAGAGCAGCCUGGUCGCCAUGGGAGACGAGACAGAAAUAAGUGUGUGUCAUUACGUGUGUGUGUGUGUGUGUUUUCAUCUCCCACAUAUAAUUACAAUGACACAGAACCCAAAGUUAAAGUGCUGCUGUCACACACAUAUAACUGAGACUGUGUGUGUGUGUGUGUGUGCAUGUGUGUAUAUGUGUGUGUGUGUUAAGCUGCCUAGACCAUCAUGACGUAAUUGUUUUUCUGCUGUUUUUUAGUUUUCUGCCUCGUCACAACUGAAGAGUCUUCACAAAACACUAAAGGGUGGUGUGAGUAAAACAAUACUGAUAACAGUAGUACUAGCUGUACUGUAGUACUAGCUGGUGUACUAGCUUCAGUACUGGGCAGUAUGGCUCCUGUAGUAGUAGUACUGUAGCACUUUCUGCAGUUUUAGUAAUACAAUGUUUUAGACACACAUAACAAAAGCAGCCGACUUCGACUACAUGAGGCCCUUAAAACCUCUUAAUGCAGGACUUUUGCAUUGUGAUAUUUGUACUUUCAUUCAGAUCUGAGUACAUUUUUUAAAUUGUUACUUUUGCACAUGGGAACUACUGCAUGCUUGAUGGACUAGUUGGACAUUUUAGGGAAAUGCAGUUAGCUUAGUUUAGCACAAAGACUGGAAACAGGGGGAAACAGGUAGCAGCUAGAUGUAUAAGGUGUGAAUCAGGGAGCUUUAGAGGAGCCGGUAGGUGGAUUAUUUUAUUAUUGUUGGACAGAGGCUAGCUCCUUUAAUUACCCCAUGAUCUUUUCUCUACUGCCACCCUCAGGACACACAUUGCAUACGUAGCUGCACUAUGGAAGGUAGUCAGACAUUAACUGCGGUUGUUUUUGUUCCUCUCCCUGCCGGCGUUUCAUCUCCAAUAUGAAAUUACCCAGAAUAUAAUCCUUCUCUGUUUUCUGCAUUUGCAUAUUUCAUUAAUUGGUUGGUUCAUCCUGUGUGUGUUUACAGCCCCAGCAGGGUUUCUAGAAAUAAUAACGUGGAUCACAUUUAGCUCCCGGAAACACGCAGUCUCAUUAGAUACAGACAACUCUGCAGGAAAAAAAAGAAGUGUUGUCUUGAUGUGACGCUCAGAUCAGACCAGCACCCUGAGGUGGGAGGGGGAAUUCAGAUGGCACUACAUGUUGCUGCUUAAUUUGUUUGAAAAUUCAUUAUUAGUUGUAAAUAUUGCAGGUGCCUACUUUAAUGUGUCCAGCUGUGAUUGGAUGAAAACUUGAAAUAGGACAUCGCAUUGGAGCACAAGGACCCGCAGCUGUAACCAUCAUGUAUUACGUGUGACAAAUUAUCCCUCACACACACACACACACUCACACAGAGUAAAUGAGGUGGAGGCCUCCUGUGGUGAAGUGUCUGAUGUGCUUUAAUGGGACUCUGCGAUGAAUGUUGGCCUGUUGGUUCAAUUCCAGCCAAAAUGUAUUUUCCUGUCUAAAACCCAAACAUGUUCAGUAUAUAAUAAUGAUAUAUAAUAUAUCAGGUUUUAUUGUAUAAUUUGUAGUCUGUCCGUGUUUUCACGCAUCUUUAAAAAACCUGUCUGGCUGACGCUUCCCCUUUAAGAGAUCCAGGAAGUGCAGGGGAGCAAGGGGGCGGUGGCUGAGGGGAGGGGCUUAUUGAAGAAACAGGUGUGUGUGCUGACAGGGAUGAUGUCAUUCUCUUGCUGAGUCACCUGGGAGACGGCUGCUGAGCUUAGUGUGGACAGAGAGAGAUAGAGGGAUAGAGGAGGAGGAGGCAAAGGGCUGCCUUCAUCACUCCUGCUUUUCUCCCUGAGGAGGUGUCGGUGUGAGGAAGCAGGUCCAGCAGAGGAGGAGGAGGAGGAGAAGGAGAAGGAGGAGGAAGAGGAGGUAUUUGAAUACUGCUGUCAAGAUCCGUCCUGAGCCUCUGACUAGCCUUUUGGCUAGUGUGGUGAUGAUGAUGAAGAGGAGGAUGACGCGAGGUCACGGCUCAGCUGCACAUAUUGCCGUGUGAAAGGAGCGCAAAGGUUGUCGCACCUGCAACACUCGGACACGGAGAGGGCUGAGUCCUUGAAAGUGUGAAGAAGAAGAGCGCAGGAAGUUCACACAGAAAACCUUUGGAAUUUAUGGACCUAAAACCUGAGAUACAGAAGUUUUUUUUAAUAUUUUAGUGCAGUUUUUGGAAUUAAAAAAUGCAGAAGGUAGAGAUUAGUUAAAGAACACUGUUCAACUAAAUCUUUUACUGAGGACUUUAUUUGCAUUCUUCUUUUUUGGAGCAGACUUUUUUCUUUCUUUCUUUUUUUGCGGUUUAUUUUUGUUUCCUCCUCCUUGCUCUUGUCCAUUCUGUUGUUGGGAGUCUUCAUCAUAUUUAGAAUUUCAUCCUCCCGUCCGCCGGAGGAAAUGUCUCUGUCUCCCACGACACGAGAACGGAAGACAGGAAGCUGACUCCUGCUAGGAGCGAGGCCGAGAGACCACGAAGAAGGAGAGCGAAAAGAGGAGAGAGCGGGAAAAAUGUCGUGGAAGAGGAACUACUUCGCGUCAGGUGGAGGCGGCGGAGGUGGAAGCGGUGCUGGCGGCAGCAAUGGUGGUGUGGGGAUGCAGGGGAUGUUGACGCCUCGCACCAUGACGUCCAUCGCUCCCAGUAAAGGGCUGAGCAACGAGCCGGGACAGAACAGCUGCUUCCUGAACAGCGCCCUGCAGGUUCUGUGGCACCUUGAUAUCUUCAGGCGUAGUUUUCGUCAGCUGACAACUCAUAAGUGUAUGGAGGACUCGUGCAUUUUCUGCGCUCUGAAGAGUAUCUUCGCUCAGUUUCAGUACAGCAGUGAGAGAGUUUUACCGUCGGACGCUCUUCGCAGCGCGCUCGCAAAAACCUUCCAGGACGAGCAGAGGUUUCAGCUCGGCAUCAUGGACGACGCUGCAGAGUGCUUUGAAAACAUCCUGAUGAGGAUCCACUUCCACAUUGCAGAUGAGACCAAAGAAGACAUCUGCACAGCCAGACACUGCAUCCCCCACCAGAAGUUUGCUAUGACGCUCUACGAACAGUGUGUGUGCAGCAGCUGUGGAGCGUCCUCAGACCCUCUACCCUUCAUUCAGAUGGUCCACUACAUCUCCACCACCUCUCUGUGUAACCAGGCAGUGAAGAUGUUGGAGACGAGGGAGAAGGCGACUCCCGGCAUGUUCGGGGAGCUGCUGCGAAACGCCAGCAUGGGAGACCUGCGCAGCUGUCCCAGUCAGUGUGGUCAGCAGCUCAGGAUAGCUCGUGUCCUCCUCAACAGUCCGGAGAUCAUCACCAUCGGUCUGGUUUGGGACUCCGAGCAGUCGGACCUCGCUGAGGACGUCAUUCACACCCUGGGAACCUGCCUGCGUCUCGGGGAUUUGUUUUACAGGGUGACGGAGGAGAAGGCUCGUCAGUCCGAGCUCUACCUGGUCGGCAUGGUGUGUUACUACGGGAAGCAUUACUCGACCUUCUUUUUCCAGACAAAGAUCCGGCGAUGGAUGUACUUCGAUGAUGCACACGUCAAGGAGAUUGGUCCCAAGUGGAAGGACGUGGUUUCUCGCUGCAUCAAGGGCCACUACCAGCCUCUGCUGCUGCUGUACGCUGACCCGCGGGGAACGCCGGUGUCGGUCCAGGACCUGCCCUCCCGCUUCGACCUCCACCACCUCAACAAGGCCUGUUACGACAGCGAGGACUCGGGCCGCGAGCAGUCAAUCUCCAGCGACACUCGCACCGAUUCGUCGACGGAGAGCUACUCGUACCGACAGCCCUCCGACUCGCACCAUGAGUCCCUGGCCAGUCGCUACUCUUCUGACUCCCAGGGAACCGUCAUCUGCACCGAGCGCCCAGACGGACCCCUGCACACCGAGCGCUGCAGCCUGGAUACCGUAGGCCACGUGACGGACAGUGAGCAGCACCAGUCUCUGAGGAAGGGAGGCGGGGCCGGGGAUAGGAGGCGGAGCUCUAGCCGCCACCGGCGAUCUAAACUCGACAACGAAGCCCCGUCGGCUGGUUACCACAGUGAGGGAGAGACGUUAAAGGAGCAACAGGUUCCUCGUCACCUCCCCAAACCUUCCUCCUCCUUCUCAUCCUCAACUAGUCGCCUCAGAGACUUCAAAGAGACCAUGAGCAACAUCAUCCACAGCCGACCCCUCUCCUCCUCGUCCUCCUCGUCUUUACCGGCUGCUGUCCUCGCCUCUGAAAUCCACUCCUCCACCGACAACCACCACUAUCCUGCCAUCAUUUCCUCUCCCUGCCCUUCCUCCAGUAAACCCCAUGACUGGGAGGCCGACAGCACCAGCAGCGAGACCAAGUCCAACUGCUCGGGUGGAGCGGGUUCAGGGAGAUACCGGCCAGCGUGGAGGCCCCGCAGGGAGGCACUUAACAUCGACAGCAUCUUCAAUCGCGAGAGGCGAAGGCAGGCAGGAUACAGCCCGCUCGGAGCCUCCCUGACCAACGACGGUGGGGCUCCGGCCUCAGAGGGAGCAGAUGCCUCCUUCACGGCCCAGGAGGAGGCGAGGUCUGUCAGGCCAGGCUCCUCCUGGACUCUUCCCACCACCUCCAGCAGCCAUAGAGGAGGUGAAGAUAGACCUGCAAGUGCAAGGGGAAGUGCAGGACGUGCAGAGCUGCCUCCUCCUCCUCCCCCUCCUCCCAGGCUGAUCCAGAGGAUGGAGAGCGGAUAUGAGAGCAGCGAGAGGAACAGCAGCAGCCCAGUCAGCCUGGACCUGAACUUGGGCGACAGGGAUUGUGUCGGGAAGAAGCCUUCCUCCUCCUCCUCUUCCUCAGGACCAGCAUGGCGGAACAUCAGGUCAAAGAGCAGUGGAGCUUUGCUGCAGGAGCUCAGCUCCUCCAGCAGGGGGAGCCUCGGUACGAGUCCGACACAUAAAGACCUCACUUCAUGUCUCUAUGCGCAUCUUUCCAUUGACUCUCUACGCAAUCGAACCACUUUGUGUUCUGCAGACCUGCAAACUUGUUUUCAGAAGGAAUUGGAUGCCUUACUGAGCUGCAAAAUCAUUAAGUGUGCAUGUGUUUGUCCUGCAGGUAAAGGUGAUGGCUUUGAGAGAUGCGUGUCGGAGGCGGAGCUUCUGCUGGACCAGUCAGUGCGUCUGGAGCAGGCCGGCGAGGUUGCUUCCGUGCUGUCGGCUGUCAACGAAGCCGUCUCCAGACUGCAGCUGGUGGCAGCUGAGGGCGGAGCUAGUAGUCACAGCCGGCUGCAGCGCUGCAUGAGGAGAGCCCGCAGCCUGCAGCAACGCAUGCAACUCCAGCAGCAGCAGGACUCAGAGGCAAUCAGACAGCAACCGCAGCAGCAACAGGAGGAGGGGCAGCAGCUGCAGGAACAGCCCAGUGAAAAGCCUCUCUCGCUCCAAAUACUUUUGACAGAGAGACAUGGCGUCCAGUCAGCUGCCAGUCAGGACCAACAGGCCCCGCCUCUCUCUCCCUGCCUUGUUAAGCCCCUCCCUCCCAAAACAAACUCAGUGUCUGACACCGCCUCCAGCGCCGGGGCCCCUACAGGUAUACCCAGAGACAACAGCAGGACCGGAGACCCCUGCUUUCUCUUUGGGAAACCCCUCACCAACACCAAGUCCCUCCCUGCCCUGUGCGUGGACACCUGGGAGCAGAGCCCCCUGGGAGACUUGGCUCCACCCCCUCCAUCUGAGGAGGCAGAGCAUCCUGCCCAGUGGACCAGAACGUCCCCUGUCUCCAUCCCAGCACAGGCCCUGCCCCCACCCAGGCCAUAUUCUCAAACCCCUUCACCUGUUGACACCAAUGACAGGUGUCAUCUGAUGAUGGAGGAGGCGCCUAAUUCCACCCGACAUCCACAGACCACGCCCCCUACCGCUAGCCCCAGGGUUGCCCCACUGCCAUCGUCCUACCCAGUCAGGAACUGGUCCUGCUUACACCUGGACCCACGUGAUGUUGUCGAUUCUCCCGUUGACCCCCCAAUCAGCUCCCCUCUUUACUCAACCCCAGACUCCCCUUCCAAUGCCCUCCCUCCGCCGGCUGUGAGCUGGCCCGGCCCGCCCUCCUCUCCGCCCCCCAGUCAGGACUACAGAGCAGCCCUGCCUGUGGAGCGCUGGGCGGAAAACGUCAACAGAUACUACGGCUCCCAGAAUGCAACAGGAGGGGGAGAGGCGGUGCGUAGUGAGGAACUCUCGGAGCUCUCGGAGCUGGACUCUCUGUACCAGGCCAGUCUGCUGGCUCCCAGCAUGCACCGGGGCAGUCGUGGAGUCAGUCCUCAACCAACCAACAACAAACCAGGUGUGAGGAGAAUGCUGUCAGGAUCUGGACGGUCCAAAACACCAACGGCUGAGCUCGAGAAAUACGCCUACAGAACACCCGUCACAACUCAUAAGUUGCCGUCAGGUGAAGAUGAGAGCUACAGCGCAGCUAACCUUCGACGCAUCGCCCGCAGCCUAAGUGGAAGCGGCAUCGGGUCACGACCCCAAAACCUCAGCCCCUCCGACAGCUGUGAGCCCCCCGUGCCCAGGCCCCCCCUCAGACACUCUUCCUCUUCCUCUUCCUCCUCCCUCCUCCGUCGCCCAAGCGCCUCCUCCCUGCAUGUCCCCUCCUCCUCCCCCUCCUUCACUACAGACCCCUCCUACCAUCACCACCACCACCUCCUCCAACACCACCAACCCCGACACCACGGCCCCCCAGCUCCUGCACCUCCUCCACAGCACCCUCCCAUGCAGACAUCACGGCCCCCGAACUCGGGCCUCUCCUCCUGGGGACACUCAGGAGCUGGACCGAGCCUCCAGCAGCAGUUUCUGGUUGUGUCUGACAGGCAUCCGGCUGUCUCAGGUCAAAGCCUCCACAGCAUCGCGUUGAGUUACGGCACUUUGCCCCGGGCUCCUCGCCGAGCGCCUCCUCCCUCCUCCUCCACCACCGCCUCCCUCACGAGACCCAGAGCCGGCUCCGGUCCUGCCCCCCCGCCGCCAGGUCCACAGAGUCUCUACGCCACCCUUUCCCACCCUCGCCGUUCUGCCAACACCACCACUAACGGUCACUACCGGCAGCCAUCGCUGCCCAGUAAUGUCAACGGAUCCACCCGUUACGCUCCACACCACCUCAGGGGCCCGGGGGAGGCCCCCGCCCAGCCGCUCCGCCUGGACGUGCCCCCUGAGACCGACUGGCGUCGUGAUGCCGACUACAGGACUGUCAGCUCCACCUGGGACCCCCGCGCCUCCCGCCACCACCAGCCCCUCCAGCGGACCGACUCCCACCAGCCUCCCCGGCCCCGCAGGGACCCCCAGCUCUGCUCCCUCUGCCAGCAACUUCCUGCUGAGCUCCCACGCCCCUACUGUCAGUCCUGUGGCGCAUAUGUGGCUCGAUUCCGCCAGGUCAGCUGAUCACGUCCAGGCCCGCCCCCCGAGAGUUCUGUUCCAAAUAUAUCCAUCAAGAUGAAGAUUGUUUUUUUUUGUAUUUAAAAUGUUUCUUUAAAUCCAAUGCUGCCCAUAAUCCUGUCAUCACCUUGGUGGAUAUCUCACUUUGGAAUAAAACUGGUUCUCUUGGUCUGCAGCAUCAUCUGGGGAAACAAACCGAUCGUCACUAAGACCUUUUCACAACAGUCUCCGGUAUAGUUUCUUCUCUCCUGUAUCUGUUUCCCCCCCGAGAAGCAACUAAUUCACACCAAUUCAACCGUUAUCCUCCAUGUUUUGUUCCCGGCCCGUCUCGCCCAGUCCUACCUAGUCUGGACGCCCACCACAAGGCCACAAAAUCAAACAUGAAUCACACAGACGGAUUUCCUGUUUCCAAUCUAUGAAUGUCUGCUGGAUUUAAGCACAUAUUAGAUUUGUAAUCCAGAGAAAGCACCGUGAUGCAUACCAGGACCACGAGAAGAAGGCUGACUGAUGAUGAUGAUGAUGAUGAUGAAGGACAGAACUGAAAGAACAGCAGUGUGAUCAUGAAGACAUUGCUGCUAACAUACUGUCUGUUAAAACUGAUAACGGUUUGAUCAAAAUAUGAGGAAAAACUUGCAUCAAUAAUCAAUAACUAGUUAGAGUUGUUAGUCUUCAUCUGCUGGGUGUCAGGUUGAUGAUACACGUGAGCAGCAUGUUUAUUUAAUGGUAAGAAGAAAAAACACCUGAGAGCAGUUGAGUUUUUUAGUUGAAAAAAUAAUGGUUUAAUAAUCCAAAACUAUUUUGAUAAUUGAUUAACCAUUUAAGUUACUUUCCAAGUCAAAAUACCAAAACAACUCGUCAUUCCAGGUUCUAAAAUGUGAGAGUUUGCUGCUUCUUUUGGUCUUACAUGAUAAUAACUUAAAUAUCUUUUCUUUUGGCCAACCGGCCGUCCAGAACUACUUUUAAUACUUAUUAACUCAUAAUUUAGUGACUCUGAAAUCUGCACUACACACUCUUCAAGUUAUGUGGAUCUCAUUUCAGUUUCUAUUUCAAAUGUGCCAAAACAUUUAUUUUGAAAGGUUAUAAGCAUGUUGCAGAUGUGGCAUUACUUUUUUUUUUAACUGAUUACAUUUCUUUGCAUUCAUCACAAGAAAAUCGUGAUAAAUGCUUCAGAACAAAUAAUUCCCAACAUUCACUUUGACGAAGUGUUGAGUGUUUGUUGAUUUCAGUUUAUGCAGAGCUGCAACUUAUAAAACACUUUCGUUAUUGAUUUAAUUAUUUUCCCAAUUAAUCGGUUAAUUAGUUUAGUCUAUAAAAUCACAGAGGAUGGAGAAAGCUGGCAGAUAUUCACAUCAGUGGAGCUGGAACGAGGGGAUUUUGUUGUGAUAAAAAUUACCAAAAAAAAACGAUGACGCGAUUAUCAAAUUGCUGCCACUUGGUUUUUCUGAUUGAUGUCGUGAAAUUGUAGAUACUCAGCUAAUCAUUUGAGCUUUAGUGACUCUGACACCUGGUGGGAGAAUAACAGUUUGAGAUAGUUCAGUUGAAGAUCGAUGUGUCUGUUUUCUGAUCUUCGAUGCAGCCGAACAGACGUUUAGUUUUAAAUGAAGGACAUUGAGGCACUAAAAGGAAGCGCUUGUGUCUCAGAAUAUAAAUCUACUUAUUACUCUAUUUAUUUUUGUAGGCUUGUCAGACUGAGUUGUGCAUAGAUGAAACUAUUCUACCUGAAUAUACUCUAUUACUAUAGUCUAAUUUUCUAAAGGUAGUUAGUCGCCUUGUUUGGGAUGUGGAGCCUUCUUAUACUGUACACAAGGCUGUUAGUGAUUAAUAACUAAAGCUUUUAUUUUGACAGCUAAUAUUUAGCAUGAUGUUUUAUUAUAGCCUUGAGAGACUUUGGUGUACAUUUACUGUCACAACAAUAUAUGCAGAUCUUUCUUAGCGCAGCAACUCAACUGCAUUUAACCCUAAAAACUAUUUAGUGCACUUCAGAAGUGUUGAAGAUAGAUUUAUUUCAUGUGCUUGUUGCUGGUUUCUGUCGACAGUCUCCCGUUGUUGAGGGAGAUGCUCUGCGUUUACGUUCACGGGCUUGUUUUUGUACUGAUGUCUUUAUAUCGGUUUAAUAGAUUCAUGAAGGAACACCUUUAAACGAGAAUGCUGUUUUAAUAACUUCUGCAGAGCUGAUAUGUCCUACUGCCAAGAACUCAGAGGCUGCUCCAGCUCGUCCGGUGCUCCAGCUGAGCGGAAAAUACACAGAAAGUGGAGUCAAACAUUCAUUGUGAAUCAUUUCACCUGAAGACAUUGGUAGUUAUAGUUUAAAAAUAACAAAGAACUAAAUAUUAACUCAGUUAUUCCUGAUUUAUUGAUUCUCCAUCGCUGAAGCCACAACGUCGCUCUGAACUCUCCUCUGUAUUUAGACUGACAGGAUGUCUACGUUACAGAAUAUACAUUUUAAUUGAAUUGAAUUAGAGUUCAGACCAGUCCUGAGUUCAUAAUGAUAGUGAUGAAGUUAUUUUUUCACCAUGUCAAAGUUGACGGGCUGUUUGUUUUUGCUUUGCCAGAUUUUAUUUUGUUGAUUUUUGGUAUAUUUUUUAUGCUUAUUUUUCUACAUUGUAGACUUAACAGAGAUGAUACGAUGAUUAAAAUGUUUAAAGGAAAA